GGUGAGAUAAUGAAAUGACAUACAGCCGUUAGACGUUUAUCAGAGUCAUGCGGAAGCACAAAGUUCACAUUAGUGUCGGAUAUACACAUAAAAAAGCUAACUUCAUUAAAAAAUAUGAUUUCUAUUUGUUACAUUGCGUUUGUUUUUAACGGACACGAAGAUAACCGAGGACGACAACGAGUCACGAAACUGAAAGUGAAACUAAAGUUUAGCAUUUAGCCUGAAAGAAGAGUGUGGACUGUCAGGAGGCGCCGAACACGGUGAGUCUAUCAUAACUGCUAAAAACAGCCUGAUAUUCAUGUCAGGGAUUAAUUCAGCUGCAUGUCGACAGCAGAAAAGACAGAAAAGAGCGGUUAUGAAGCUGUUUUAGUAGUUGUUAGCUUGCAGCAGAGAGCUAGUUCACAUUUAACGAAAGUACAAAAACAACCAACCAGUGAGUUAAGAAAAGACCUUAAAACCUUAGUUAUUCAUAUUAUUUUCGUUGCAUGUUGUACCAAAUAUAAGUUGAAGAUGUCGAGAAGUGUUUUUGUGUCAGAUUACCACCAGAGAUGUCUGAAAAAUGUAUGUUUUUAGCAGUAGGCCUAUAGGGGAGACUGGGGUAAGUUGAGCCACCUCCUGUUUCUUGGAAAUGGUCAAAGAAAUUGAUCAUGUGACCAAAUAUUUAGGAGAUGGGCAACAAUUCAUGGAGUCUGUGGAGUCCACCAUUUUAGCUUAGAGGACUAAUAAAGUCAUAUUAAGUAUGAUCUGAUUGUUAAACAGUGUUUUUGGUAAUAAUAUAUAUUAGUCAUUAUAAAUAUUUACCAAUUUAUCAGCGUCCCCUGAUUUCAUGUCAACCCUGUUACCCUAACUAAAAAUGAUAUUGGUACAGUCCAGAUUUGAGGGGGUAAGUUGACCAUAGAAGACCAUGCUAUAUUAUCAAGACAGUUCUGUUUACACUCAUUCUGUUGGUUUGCAGGGAUGAACUAUGUUAUUCAGCUCUUUUGUUCCGAUAAAUAAUAAAUAUUAAGAACACAAUAAAACUGUUACAUGCAACAAGAAACUUUUUGUUGUCUAAAUAACGGCGAAAUAAAUAUGACACAAUAACACCAAGGUUUAUAACAUGAAUAUUUGUCGUUCCAGGUCUUCAAAAAGUCUCUUGCAGUUUGAAAAUCCCACAAGAGAAAAUGAGGGAAGAAACAGCAUGUGGACUGAUCAUCCUCCUCUUGGAUGCAGGGUUGUGUUUGUGGCUGUGGGUCAGUCUCAUGCUGCUGGAGUGCCCCAGCUGUGGUGGACUCGGGGGCGUUUGGGCUUUCGGUGCAUGUAAAUGGAUAAUCCUCAGUUUUUUCGCCUCUAUGUUGACUAAUAAAAAACCAACAGCCGUGCUGCGCAGGUUUGUGGUCCUCCUCUGCCUUUUCUCUCCUGUGUUUGAAAGUGGACGAAUCCUGAUGGCUCCCCCCUCGGCGCCUUACAUCGUGCCGUCUUCUGACCUCGGCAUGCUGCUCCUGGGCCCUGUGGCCUCAUUGCUGGUUUGUGUGAUUUGGGAAAAAGGUCUCUGUGGUGACGGGAAGACGGGGAAGGAAAAAGUAGAUACCAGACAGCUGCUCAUGAGGGUGCUGAAAUACUUCAGAGCAGACACCCUUUACCUGAUCGCAGCUUUCAGCUCCCUCAUCCUGGGCGUCUACUGUAAGUGUAAAAACCUUCAGGACAUUUUGAUUAAAGCAACACUCUACAUCCUGAAAUUACAAUUAUACAUAUCUUUUUAGAUUCCUGUUUUUCAGUUUCGUUUCUCUUUUCUACCAGGUGAUACAUACAUCCCGUUGUAUCAGGGGAAGGUUAUCGACAUGCUCAAAGGUCCAGUGCUGCUAUCCAGUUUCGGUUAUACCAUCGGGCAGCUGACACUUUUCUCCCUGGGAAGGUAAUUUAAAGAAACGAACCAAUCAGUUCUUCAGCAAGAAUAGAGUGACUUCAUCGGCUAAACGUUCAUUUGUGACAUUUUUGUUUGUCUUCCCUCUCGCAGCGCUCUGUUCUCUGGCUUAAGAGGAGGAAUGUUUAAAAUCAGCCUGGCGAGGCUGAACAAGAGACUGCAGCAUCUGCUGUUUCACACCCUUCUGCAGCAAGACGUGCACUUCUUUGACGAGAACAACCCUGGUGAGAGUUAUCGUAGUGAACACGUGAUACGAUACACCAGGUUCUCAGCGACUGUAAGGGUCAAAAAUGAUGUUUACGUGCAGAACUGAAUAACACAAAACUAGUUUCAAGGCAAAGACAGAACAACUAGGCUUCAAAUAAACAGUUUGACCCUGAUGGCAUGGCUCUAUUAAGGCUGAACAAUAUAUACAGGUUUAGGAGCAACACCUGCUGCCAUCUAGAAAGCAAAGAGGAGGAAGAAAUUUACUAAAUCUGUUGAAAAUUUAACUUUUAAAAAGUUUCUUGUGGCAUCAGGGAGCUGGAAACAUUGUUGUAAAAGGCUCACAGUGUAUCAGAACAGUCUCAAAUAUCAACAUCUAAAUAUAUACGCAGAAAAUAGGAACAACGUGACUGUCCUCAGUCAGCUGUAAUGAAACUUAAAGAGGCUCAGUGACCUCUUGACUCUCCUGGUCUUUGUCUUUUAGGCCGUCUGUCCUCCCGUCUGUACUCUGAUGUGGAUCGGAUGGGUCGGACUGUGGCGCUGAACGCCAACGCCAUGGUCCGCAGCACUGUUAAAACCGUCCUCAUGCUGAAUGUGCUGGUGCAGCUGUCCUGGGAGCUCACUGUGCUCACCUGCAUCGAGAUGCCACUGCUGGCCAUGAUGCAGAAAAAAUACAUCACCUUGUCAAAGGUAGGCCUGAUGAAACUGGUUCUCGGUUAUUUUGAGUAUUGUCAGUUUUUCUGGGGAUUUUGGAAAAAUGGGCAACAGACCAGAAACAGAAUAAAAAAAAAAGCUGCCUUACAGUCAGUACUUUCAGCGACCAGCAAGGGGCGCCCUAGGGCUGAAAGUUGCUGAAACCAAUUCAGCAUGAGGAUUUCAGGGAGUCCUGAUGAUGGUUUGAUGUUGCUGCUGCUCUCCUGCAGCACUUCCUCUCUGAAUUAGUCUGUUUUCUAUCAACCAGGAGCUGAAGGAACAGAUCCAGGAGUGCCAGGCUCAGAACCAAGACCUGGCUGUCCAGACGUUCAGUAAGAUCCAGACGGUGCGCAGCUUCAAGGCGGAAAAAGAUGAACUGAGGAGGUACAAUGGGGCUGUGGAACAAAUGUCUGCAGUGAAGUAUCGGUCGAGGGUCUACAGCUCAGCCUUCACCCUAAUCCGGAGGGUAAGACGCAGCAGCAGCAGCAGCAGCAGCAGCGCUCACUCACUGAUAAACAGGCUGAUUUAUACGAAGAGUAGAAGCUCGUGUGGACGUCUAAUCCCUGUCUUCACCCUCUGUUCAUGCAGCUUGUGAGUCUUGGGAUUAAAGUCCUCAUGCUGGUCCAGGCCCGCAGUCUCAUCUCUUCAGGUCACCUCAGCAUUGGUGGUUUUGUGUCUUUUCUCUUGUACCAGAAGCCCAUGUCGUACAAUCUAAAGGUGAGCUGAUUCUCUAAUAUCACGUGUUUAGCUCUGAACUGAUCAUUUCUGUUGAUGCAGAUUAUUCGUAUUUUACCAGGAGAUCAUGUACUCUUACGGAGAGACGGUCUCCACAGUGGGAGUCAUCGCCAAAGUGUUCAGUUAUCUGGACAGAACACCGAAGUGGAAGAAGGCGGGAGAUUUGGCUCCUGAGAAUCUGGAGGGGAGAGUUGUUUUCCAAAACGUCUCCUUCACAUACCCCUCAGCUUCCCAGGAGAAACCCGCUCUGAAGGUAAAUGUGUCUCAGACCGGAGGGAGCCGUUUCACACCAUGUUCUGAAAAGAGUUAAUCUUUAACCGGGAGUCAGACGUAUGUUUCACUCAUCAUUAACAUGUCCUGUACAGUCAGUGUCUCUGGAACUGAAGCCCGGAAAGAUGACUGCGCUGGUUGGACCGUCCGGCAGUGGGAAGACCUCCUGUGUCAACCUCCUGAAGAGGCUCUAUGAACCAGAAGAGGGCGAGAUCCUGCUGGAUGGAAAACCGCUGCAUCAUUAUGAUCACAAAUAUCUCCAUAAGAAGGUAGAGCCGACACUCUGAGCUGGAUUAAAUCAAGACGGGCUUUUGUGGAAACUUGGUUCUCACUUAGGCUCUCCUCACAAGAGGAGUUUUCACAUCGUAUUGUCCACGCAAAAUCCUGUAGUACAUACGCCCGGCCUAAAGGUGACACUGUGAAAUUGCCACAAAGCACCAUAAACAGAGAAUGCGUAUACAUACAUGCUGUGUGUGUGACCACGUGGGUUGGGGGGCGGGGAGGAGGAGGGGUGCUAUGAGGUCACCGUAUUUUCUGGACUUAUCUAUUUACACCAACUACAGCAUGAAGACGAAUAUUCAGAUAUCCACCUCCAGACCCGUUUUCAAAAAAGAUGCGGAGUCACGGAUAAAUACGCGUCUCCGUGUGUCAAAAUCACCAGAUUGAUAGUUUAUUUUACCGGUGUCUUACAAAUUCGUAUUUGUGUAAAGACCACCUUAGUCAUUACCACCCAUAGUCCUUUUAUUGCAGUGGUUCUCAACUGGUCUCACUCUGGGACCCACAUUUUCCCAUGGUCCUGAAGUCACGACCCACUUUCAUAGAAUUCAAACCAAGAAAAUUAAUUUUUUAUUAAUAAAACCUUUAAAGACUUGAAUCUUUAACACAAAUAAAUCUGUUUUAUUGAGUAAAGUGCAUGUCAGAGCACGUGAACUGAGGACGACAACUACUGAAGAUGCAUACACAGAAAAUAUCGAAUCUCAAAUUGCACAAAAUCACUGCAUUCAGGCUACAAUAAUAAGAAACCGAGGAGGACCAAGACAUAACUCAUUCCUAUCAAAAUAAGCUGUUUUUCAAAAUAAAAGACAUCAGAUGUGCACGAAAUAUUUACUUUUUUGACCAGCUGUUCGUGACCCAUCCAGAACGUGUCCGUGACCCACUUUUGGGUCGGAACCCACCAGUUGGGAACCACUGCUUUACUGCGUGUCCGUCCCCUUUGAUUGCUUGAUGCAGAGAUCUCCACUACAGUCAUGUCAGAGUCAGCCUGAAGAAGAGCACAUCCGUCGAGUGUCAGAUAACAGCUUUGUCCCUUUUAAUGAUUCUUUUAUCCCUUAUCGGAUAAUAUGAAUAUGUAGAAAUGUACAAGAUAUUUUCCAUCAAACAUGCACUCAGUAACGUCUGCUUGUUUACAUGUUUUCUUCACUUCUUUUCAGGUGACCUCGGUUGCCCAGAAUCCUGUGCUGUUCUCUGGUUCUCUGAAAUAUAACAUUGAGUACGGCCUGGAGGACUGCAGCUUAGAGAGGGUGAAAGAAGCUGCAAAGAAAGCUAACGCUGACAAAUUUAUCUCUGACCUGGGGGAUGAAUACGACACAGGUACAGAGGCAUUCAGAUACUUAGACACACAUUAGAGAUCAGAGAUGAAUCAUUGCACUAAAACGUAGAUUUUUAGCAGUAUAGUACAGAGUUUUUGUUUCAGUAUAGUUUUAGUGUUCCUGAACAGUUUAGUGUGAACUGUGAGGGCAGUUUUUGUUAAGACGCCGCAGCGAUGUCUUGUUUUAUUACUCUAAUAAUCUGUAUCCGUUUGUUUGUUCCGUUCAGAUAUCGGGGAAUGUGGCGGCAGACUCGCAGGCGGCGAGCGGCAGGCCAUCGCCAUCAUCAGAGCUCUGGUUCGGGACCCUCAGGUCAUCAUCCUGGACGAGGCCACCAGCAAACUGGACGUCGAAGUGCAGCACACUGUAAGUAAACCGUUGAUAUCUUAUCUAGAAUACAUGCUCAGUGAUGAUUAUUUGACUGCAACAUGCACUUAGUCAUUUUAACAACUCAACCAAAUAACGGCUCCACUCCACUCAGGCUUGAAGAUAUCUGAUUGUUGCAGGUACAGAGACAGGAGAGUGGACAGCAGGUUAUCAGAGCAAAUAUGUCAUAGAGUGAAAUAUGUCCUAAUUGUGCAGUAACGUUCGUGACGCAGCUGGUUGUGUUUACAAACCCAAAUCAAAACUCAAAUGAAGCCUCCAGGCUUACUCUGAACCAGGUUUGACCUGAUCUAAACCCUCAGCUGAAGCUCAUGUAUGACCUCCACGAGGACGGGCUUGUCCUCGCAUGUCUGUGCUAAAAAAUCUUAUUUCCUGGCCUGGAAACUUGUUCUCUGUAAGAAGUGUUUGAACUAUUAAUCAUGAAGUCUGACACUCAGUGGUAAAAAUGUGCGAUCUUUGAGUUCAUCAGGACGAUUUAACAACUACUUUUUCAGGGUUGACAUUAAAUCGAGAUAAUUGACUGACAACUUAAAGAGUUUAAGCAGAAAAUCCAAGAGUUUUUUUUUAAGUGUUAAAAGCAGCCAGAACAGAACAAUAAAAAUAAAGGACAGUCUGUAGAGCAGGGGUGCAGGUUUGAGGCAAGUUUGGACAAUCUUAUCUUGAACAAAAAAAACAAACUUCCAGCAAAACCAUCGUGCAAGAGGAAGGAAAGUAGUUGAAGAAGAUUUGUCAGGUAGAACAAGAAAUUUGAAGACAUAAUCUGGACUUCCUUCAAAAUAACAAGCAGAUGUAAAGGUAGUGAAAGUAUUUGAAAGCUGCACUGAGGAGAUCUCUGCACACUGGUUGCUCUAGUUGUGUUUUUUUUCACUGUGGGGUUUUUGCGCCUCAGGUUCUGCAGGAGGUUCUGUCUUGCGGUCGGACCGUCCUGGUCGUGGCUCAUCAGCUGAAGACGGUGGAGAAAGCCGAUCACAUCAUCUAUAUGGAGAAAGGAGAAGUGGUGGAGGAGGGGACGCACGAAGAACUGAUGGCGAAAAGAGGACGGUAUCAUCGUCUGAAGGAGGAGCUGUUCUCUCAGGAUCAAUGAAUCCAGUUUUAGUGUUUACAGCGUUACUGAAUGAGCACGAUCGUGUUUGAAUAGGAAAACACUCCCAGUGACCUUACCUUCCAGGUUGUCAGGACAAAAUUCAUCCUGUGUAUCAAGGAGGAGAGGAUUGUGUAUGAAGGUGAACUUCUUUAAAAAGUUAUACAAGAACUUUUAGAGUGAGUUUUAAUCAUUUGCGCUACAGCGAACAGAGGGCUGUGACUUACUCCAACACAGAGCGUCAAAACUGUCAAUACCUCUCAGAGUUAGCAGCUGUCAGAGCAGCUUUACUGGUCAUAUCAUAGCAACUGCAAAAUCACUCAGUGUACAAAGACUGGUUGUGGUAAAUAUUGAGGAUGUUUAAUAUUACUUACAUUAAUGGCCUUAUUCUAAUUUAAAUAUUAACUCUCCGCCAUAUGCUCUUGAUCAUUUUUUGUAUUUUUAUCCAGGGGGAGAAUCAGCAUUUAUCCUUGGGUUCUCCUCUUUGUUAUCUGUGAUCUUCACCCCCUAAAAACUCCAAACUUGACCAGAUAAUCCAGAGGGGACUCAGUAAAUCUAAGGGAGGAUUCAGGGACCAUGAUUUCCAAAAAGGAAACUCAAACUUUGAUUCUUCUGACCAGCACCUCUGGAUCACACCUACACAUGGUUUCCUCGUGAAUUAAUUAAAAAUGGUUUUGGUUUUUAUAUCUGUUCUACUUUUGUUCAUGAUGUUUAUGUAGUCACAUUGAACAGGUAAGUAGCAGGUCACCUGGAUGUGUGGAUUUCAGCCACCUGCUACCUUUUACGGUGUGGAGAGAGGGUGAACUUACUGAUCGCUUUACACUGUUGAUCACUUUAAAAUUUUGUGCACAAUACCACGAGUUGAUGACCUUUUUAUUAAUAAAUUGUUUAAAUUUUUAAAAUCAUAUUCAGUGAGUUUUUUUUCCUCCUUUUUUUGCGCUUUAUGGAGGCACAAGGUCCUACCUCUGCGACUCUGUCCCGUGUGAUAUAGCGACUGUGGUUUUGAGAAGCGAUUUUGAGGCGAUGCGGUGAAUUCCACUACAGAGUCACAGCUGUUUUUUAAUGCUAUGCCACCUGAAGGCCUGAAAAUUGUAGCCUCUCUGUUUUGAUUUUCAGCUUUGGUGAUUUCCCCUGCAUUACACAACCUUUUCGAUGUUUCAUUAUCUUUACUUUUUUUUUUAAAUGUGUUGAUCUCCUCAAAUUAUUCUUACUAAAACACAGUUGAAAUAGAUUUUAUUGUUUUUUUCCAAGAACAUAAACAACAAACAUGCGCUCUGAAUUCACAUUGAUAUCAAAAUACAAAAAAAUACAGCAUCAUCCAAAAUAAAAUGGCUUCGUGUGACUUAAGACUUUGCAGUAACUUUUUUCCCCAUCACCACUUUUCUUUAUUUAUUUAUUUAUUUUUUUUCCAUUGUGGCAUUUUUAUCUGCACCUUUUCUUUAUUUAUUUGCAGCGGUCUUCGGUUUCUUUUUCUUGCUUCAGUAACUUCUGUUGUGACUUUUUUUUAAUUUAUUUAUUUUAUCAGCAGUGGCAGUUCUCGGCCACCGUAUAAUUGAAACCUUACAAAUCGGUUUUCAUCUCUACGGAACACAACGUCCUAACUCCUGUUAUUGUGAUUGUAGAGUGAAUGGACUUCUGCCUCUUCAUAUGGAGGAUCUGUAUUCUUCUUUCAGCUUUUUGGAAACUCUAAAUAAAACAGAAACACAC